AUGAUUUCUUUCUUUUUUUUCUUCAAAAAUAUUAAAUACAAAUUAUUGAAAAUUUAAUUAAUUAUAAGUGGAUAAAAAGAACAAAUUAAAUAUUUGAAUUUAUAAAUUUGCUUUCACAAAAAAGUAAGUACGUAGGAUCUUCAAAUUCAUAUAUAGGCCGCUAUUUCAUAUAACUCUAAAUCAAAUCUCUAUAUUAUACAUUCAAAAACAAACUGUUAAUGGUGUGAAGUUUAUAAAUGUAAUUUAAAAACCCUUGAUAAAAAAAGCUUUUAAUAAAAAUAAAUGGUAGGUACUUAAUAAAGAUGGGACUCGCUCUCAUACUUCUAAAGCCAAACUUUAAUCAGAGCUAGUGUUCCAUAUAAUUUGCAUUACACUUUUUUAGGAUUUGUAACCUCUAAUCGAAUUCUAGUUUAUAUAAUAAUAAAAGAGUAGUGUAAUCAAUAUAUUUUCUUAGGUUUUUUAUCUAAAAUUGCUUACAGAUAUUUUAAUUUACUGUAUGUCACUUAAGGUUGA